UUCAGACGCAGGUCAGAGAGCUAAUACUGUAGCGGUCUCUCUUUCGCAGCUCCAAUGGCCUUUGUCAAGCUUCAGAAGACGAGGGCAUACUUCAAGAGGUUUCAGGUUCAGUUCAAGAGAAGAAGAGAGGGGAAGACUGAUUACCGUGCCCGUGUUCGACUUAUUAACCAAGACAAGAACAAGUACAACACUCCCAAGUAUCGGUUUGUUGUGCGAUUUACCAACAAAGAUAUUGUUGCACAAAUAGUGUCUGCCAGCAUUGCUGGUGAUAUCAUCCUUGCUGCAGCAUAUUCUCAUGAAUUGCCCCGCUAUGGGCUUGAAGUAGGUCUGACAAAUUAUGCAGCAGCCUACUGCACUGGGCUUCUUUUAGCAAGGCGUGUCUUGAAAACGCUUGAGUUGGAUGAUGAGUAUGAAGGCAAUGUGGAGGCUACCGGUGAGGAUUUUUCUGUUGAGCCAGGUGAGAGCAGAAGACCGUUCCGUGCUCUCCUUGAUGUUGGUCUAAUCAGAACAACAACUGGAAACCGUGUUUUUGGUGCACUUAAGGGAGCAUUGGAUGGUGGUCUUGAUAUUCCUCACAGUGACAAGAGAUUUGCUGGAUUCUCAAAAGACUCCAAGCAGCUUGAUGCUGAGCUUCAUCGGAAAUACAUUUAUGGUGGCCAUGUUGCUGGAUAUAUGAAGACAUUGAUGGAAGAUGAGCCAGAGAAGUAUCAGUCACACUUCAGUGAAUAUGUCAAGAAAGGUAUCGAGGCAGAUAAUGUAGAGGAGGUUUAUAAGAAAGUCCAUGCUGCCAUUCGUGCUGAUCCAACGGCUAAGAAAUCAGAGAAGCCGCAGCCUAAGGAGCGCAAGAGGUUCAAUUUGAAGAAACUCACCUAUGACGAGAGGAGGGCUAGGCUGAUUGAGCGCCUAAAUGCUCUUAACGCUGCAGCAGGUCAAGACGAAGAUGAAGAUGAAGACGACGAGUGAAAACACUAGAUUGUGCUCAAAGCCUCUUCUGUCAUUCAUCUUCGAUUUAUUGCGCAAGCUAUUCUAUGUAGUUCUUAGACCUAUUAGAUCAAAAGUUUUGUUACACACCCAUUCUGGGGAAUUUUGGGUUAUACUAUGUCAGAUUUUGAGUUUGGAUAUUUGUUUUAUUCUAAAUGCAGAUUUUAUUUGCUUUUCA